AAGUGCAACUAACUUCAGUUUGAUUGUGUGAAAUUUUCGAAUGUGCGUCCCAGGAAAACUUUUCAUUUCUUUUCCCGCUUUUCCCCCAAAUAAAUGUCCCCAAAGUAGAAUGUUUUGCAUUUUCUAAGUGUCCCCAACAUCAAAAAUCGCCAUUGCUUUGUCUCUUUAUGCAUUAUGUGUGUUCCAGAGUGAUUUUUGCAGCAGAUUCGCAUCCGGAGGUUGAGGUGAAAAAAUGGAGCGUUUUCGGCUUCCAAUGGAGCCCCGUGAGGCUACACCAUCGCUCCAGGGUGGGGGGAAGCUACAUGAGAAGAGUCUAGCAGAUAGUGGGUACAAUACGUCGGAGCUCAGUGCCAUCAGUGAGGCACACAAUUCGCACUUUCGUGGCUCCAGCAUUGAGGAGGAUGUGGAAAUUGAUGAGAAUGCCGAGCCACCAACUCCAACAACACGGAAUCUCAGUAAAUUCUCAGCCUUACAGCUCACAACCCCAAAAUCCACGUCUGAGCUGCGUUCCCCCCUGAAGAGAUCCACCACCAAUGAUGGCAGUACAACACCCAAAAAGAUGCGGUACAGUGAUGAAAAUGCGGGCUACGAAACACCCAAAAAAGCCCCAUUUGGGCGCAAAAAAUCCUUCAGGGAUCGCAUAAAAUCCGACGCGGAUAUCAAGACAUCCCAACUACCACUAUCACCCAUCACAUCGAACAUUAGCAAGUCAGCUUCCAAGAUUCUCGGAGAGAAUCAAUUUGAGAAUCUCUCGAGUACCCCCAUUAAGCAUGGCUUCCGUCCUGAUUUCUACGUGGAAACAGUCGAGAAUGUUUGCUGGAAUCCCCUUCUACCCAAAUCACGUUCACCGCGAAUGAAACGGAAGCUCCUGCGGAAAAUUCAGAGCUUCAGCCCGCGAAAGUGGCAGCUAGGGCAGAACUACACGCGUCGCUUGGAGCAGUGUCCAUCACCAAUUGCCAUUGAUGAGGACACCCCACCAGCAGAGAAUCCAGCUCAGGAGAUUAUUUCCUUCAAUACGCGACAGUUUAAUAAUCUCCUCACUGUUCCAUCAACGAAACAUUCCAGCUCAAAUGAGGUUAAGACUAAAAAUGCCCCCUGUGCUGCUCCAGCUGCUGGUCUUGAGAAUUUCUCUAUAUCUCGUCAUGUCCUGGAGACAGUGGAGGAAGAGGAGAAAGAUGGAAUGAAUCUCAUUCCAUUGGAGGAGAUUAGUUCACAAAGUAUUCGUGAGUAUUUCCAUGAGAUGCGUAGCAUGACGGAAGAAGCUUCGGGAUAUUCAGCGGCACCCCGAGUGAGUCUUUCAAGUUCAUCCCUUCGUCAUAAGGAUUCUCUUGAACUUUUGCACUUUGCCCCCGAUGAUGGUGAGGAAGAGAAGCAGAAGGAGAAGAAGGAGAAGGAAGAAGGGUUGCAGGAGGAGAUGAUGGAUAUUAGUCUCACACCGAAACACAUUGUCACAUUGGAUGAUAGUGUGGUGGAGGAGGAAGUGCGAAAGGGUGUCAAGAGAACUGUGGGAACAUUUGAGUAUUCUCCUUCGGUGUUGCAUACACCGAAGAAGGUGAGACGUUGCACGAGUUUUCAGUAUUCAUCCGAUGAGGAGAAGCAUCGUCUUUUGUAUCCUAAUUUACCGUGUACACCACCGAAGAAGCGUGCCCGGAAAUCCCUGGAUUACAGCACAAAGUCAUCCCCACGUAGUUCAGUGGGUGAGAGAACCCCACGACGAUGUAUGCCACCCAAGAGGAAUUCCUACGAAGGUACAACAACAUUAAAUAUUCUCAGUCGUCUUGCCGGGACAAUUCCAGCACUUGAUCGUAUUUUUGCGCACCUCCGUCCGGAGGAUUUGUACGCCGUGCACAAUGUUUGCCGGGAUUGGAGAUUAAUUGUCAAUGGGCACCAUCAGGCAGUGAAGCGUCUCCGGGCGUAUGAGGAGGAACAAAUUCCCAUUAAAGAAAACUCCCUUGGUGGAAAGAAGGUUGCCGGAAAGAGUGCUGCAAUGGGGAGGAUUCAUCUGCGUGAGUUGAAUUCCCUGGAUGAGGAGGAGAUUCGUCGACACAGUGUUGUCCGUUCACCGCCCAAUAGUCCGUCAACGAGGAAACAUCGGGAUCAUCAGAAGUUCCUGUCACGUCUCGAUGAGCGUGCAAAGGUGAUUAAAUGCCCAAAAUGCUUCAAGUCAUCCCUCAUUAUGAGCCCCCGGCGGCAGAAACGUUGCGCCAUGGCGACAGCAAGGAUCAGCCCGGCGAAGAGAUCACCCGCAAAGAGGAAUCUCUUCCGUGCAAAUAACACAAUUGGCGCAUUCCCAGCACGACGUGAGGAUAAAAUGCUCGGUGCCACGGGGAAGUCAACCUCCCUUCCGGAUGAUUUGAGUACAUUUGAACGGGAACUGUGUACGCGCAAUAGGAGCCUCAUUGGUGAUGGGGUGCGCUAUGAAACAUACGCAAUUUGUUCCCAUGAAUCGUGUCGUUUUACAUUCUGCACAACUUGCUAUGGGGAACGUCAUGAGGUGGGGAAGUGCAUUGAGUUGGAGCCACGAUCGCCGGUGCGUGUGGAGGAGGAGUACAAGAGGCGUAUUGUGCCGGGCUCAAAGAGGAGCAAGAGGAAUCUCAAGAGACUCUAAAACACAAAACAAAUACUCUCAAAAAAAAAACGACAAACUCUACCCCCCGUUUUAAAGCCUCCGGAACUUGCUUAUUUUUAUUUUCUGUAUUUUGUAGAUUAUUCAGUACAAGUAUCUGUUUGUUGCCCCCACUUUUUGCAUAGAUUUUAGCAUUUUAUUCUUUUUCUCAAGGGUUGUUCUUUAAUGAAUAUUUUUUUUUAAUAAGAAACUUUCAAUGUAGUAGUAAUAAAAUUAUGUGCGAAGAAAAAUUGACCCUAAAUUGGUCUGAAAAAAAAAACUAAAAAUUGAGCACAAACCUUCAGGUGAUAGAAUUCAGGAAUUUUAUGAUUAUGAUUUUGUAAUUAGGACGAUUUUUUUUAAUGUUUAUAUGUAGUGCUUUUGGUGAAAGGGAGAAGAAAUUAUUGAACCCUUAAAUUCCUCUAAAAGAAAUUUUAAUUAAAAAUAAAAGAAGUGCCUUCAAUGGCCUUAAUCGUGUGAAAAAUCUUGCUUAUCAGCAGUAUUAGAAGCUAGAAUUUUUUUUUUUUGAAAGAAAAGAACAACAAUUCAGGGUGAUUAAAUCAAUCUCAAGGAUUUUUUAGAGUAUUCUGUCUACUUAUAAGAACGUAUCAUCACAUGAUUUGUAAGGAGGAGGAUUUUCGUUAUUUUAUAAUAAAAUUAAAUUGAAAAAAAAAA